AUGAGGUCGUUUACCAGUAUUCUAGGCUCUUUAGGCCUCAAGAAAAGCUCAGAAGAUUCGAAACCAACAGAAUUCCAAAAAGCAAAACAUUCACAAAAACAAGUUACGUUCAAUGAUCUACCUAGGGAUCAGCUUCCUCCUCGUUGUCUAUUCGGUGAAGUUGUGACAGCGUCAGACUUCAGAGUACAACCCUGUUUAAAUUUAAUACAAGAAGAGAAUGAAGCAAUUGGUGAUGGCAAUGGCAACAAUGACGUAGCGAUUACUUGUGCGGGUCGAGACUUGGAUCUGACUGAGAAAGAACAUGAACAAGACUUUUAUUCACCAGCUCAAUUACGGAUGAGUAUACAAUCUCCAAGAUAUCCACCUCAAGUUCAACAUAACAACGACAUUAAUAAUUAUCGCAUUCGUCGUGUGCCUUCAAAUUAUUCGAUUAGUAUAUAUUCUUCCGACGAACGCAGUACGGUCAGUAAAAUGGAGACUUUACGAAAGAGAGCUAAAACCCCGGUCUUCUUCAUUGGCCAAUUGGAAAAGAAAGCGAUGGAACACAACUCUUCAGAAUGGCUUGCCAACCAAUAUCAGAAAACAUUACCGCGACGACGUAUAUCCUCUUCUUGGAACCUCGAUCUACCUGUCAUUCCGGUCAAGAGAACAUUAAGGAAAAUAAAAUCUCAAGAGAGUCUUCGAGAUCUUUGCAGACGUAAUGCGACAUCACCUUCUGAAGCCUCGGAUUGCGAAACUCUUGUUGGAUCUGACGGAAGGGGUUCGCCGCAUAGUUCGAUAUUCAAAGGGGAUGAAAAGAAUAACAAAUUCAGGGUCGAGAACGUAUUACCCCCAACAUGUGAACCAUUAGACAAGACAUCGGAUCAGGAUAUUAGCCUACAGAUUUGCUUGAAUCUCCUGACAAGCAAGUUAUCAACAUCACUCCAGCAAGAUUAUCAUACCACGGAACAAGGAAACAAAGCAUCAAGCUUAGAAAUCUUGCUUAUGAUUGAGGCUUACGAAUCAAUUCGAAAGGGUCUACGAGCAGGCUCACGUGAUUUACACGUGACAUCUGCGGCUGAGACCGCACUUGAUCAAUGGAUUCAGGCUCUGUAUACCAUAUAUGAGGACUGCCAUGGAAUCGAUCACAGAAGGAAUGCCUUGAACAAACGUACAUAG